AUGGCUCGUGGUUUUCUUUUAUUUGAGGCACUAGAGAUUGAGAACCGUGAAAACCAACGGCGUCACAGCCGCGUUACAGCACGACUGAGACGUAGACUUCGAAAUCAAGCCGAAGCUUUGGCGCUUUCUGAUACUGACUUCAAAGCCAACUACAGACUUACUAAGGAGCUGUUUAAACAUUUAUGCUCAGAGUUAAAACCAUUCAUGGUUCGGUUGAAAAGGAGAACAAAAAUCUCUGUAGAAUGCAAAGUGCUUACAGCUCUCUCAUUCUAUGCCACUGGCUCUUAUCAGAAGCCUGUUGGCAUGAGCUACUUGCAUGGGCUCAGUCAAGCUAGUGUAUCUAAUGCUGUGAAAGAAGUGACUAGGGCAUUAAAUACACACAGUAUACUGACCAAGUACAUACAUUUCCCUCAGUCUCGACAAGAAAGACAGGCAAUAAUAAAUGGG